AUGCUACCUGAUACCUUACCUUUUAUCUCUCGCCGUUCUACUGUAUAUGGCACACAUGCCAUGGUUUCGAGCUCGCAACCUCUUGCCACCCAAGCUGGUAUAGAAAUUCUUCGACGUGGAGGCAAUGCCGCUGAUGCGGCUGUCGCUGUAGCCGCUGCAUUGAACGUCACAGAACCUGGAUCUACCGGCAUUGGUGGUGAUGCAUUCUGUCUAUAUUACAGUGCUGCUGAUCGUACUGUGAAGGGCCUAAAUGGUUCGGGAAGGCAAAACGUUUUCCUAUGGACUUUGAGCAGAACGCCAGCUGCUUUGACUAUUGAACAUCUUCGGGAGGUAUCGGAGAUCAAGGGACAAAAUCUUCCCACAAACAGUGCUCACGCCAUUACUGUUCCCGGUGCAGCGGCCGCCUGGGUCGAUACCGUGAAAUAUUUCGGUUCACAGAAAGUCGAUUUGCAAACGAUUUUGCAACCUGCAAUUGAUCUUGCUGAAAAUGGAUAUCCUGUCAGUGAAGUUGCAGCUUAUAAUUGGGCAGCCCAAGAAGAAGGGCUGCGUGCUGCCAACAAGGGAGAGGUGGAACUGCUGCUGGACGGCCACGCACCUCACCACGGUGAUUUAAUGACCAUGCCGUCACUUGCUGAGACGUUUCGAUCGGUGGCAGAACAUGGGAAAGAUGGAUUUUAUAAAGGGCGUAUCGCAGAAGCCAUGGUGGAUGCCGUUCGUUCCCGUGGCGGUUUGCUAACGCUGGAAGAUCUUGCUGCACACGAGUCAGAGCUUAUCGAACCUAUUUCUCUCGAUUAUCAUGGCUGGACUAUCUGGGAAAUCCCACCAAAUGGUCAGGGAAUUACCACUCUUAUUGCUUUGGGUAUUCUAAAUGCCCUGGAAGAACAACACGGCGUGAACCUCGCAGAAAUGGACCCUAAUUCCGCAGAGUACCUUCAUCUGGUGAUUGAAGCGCUGCGCCUUGCCUUUGCAGAUACUCGUUAUUACGUGACCGAUCCUCAAGUUCAGCACGUUCCUGUCGAAGCCUUGCUGAACAAGAAAUACUUGGCAGAACGUGCCGCUUUGGUGGAUCUGAAACGCCGCAAUGACAGCAUCCAAAAGGGCUACCCUGAGGAAAUGGGUAAUACCGUGUACUUUUCCGUUGUAGACGAAGAAGGCAAUGCCUGCAGCUUCAUCAAUUCCACUUUCAUGCAUUUUGGCUCGCAUAUUAUUCCCGAAAAAUGUGGCUUUACCUUGCAUAACCGCGGCUGUAACUUUGUCCUUAUCGAAGGACAUCCUAACUGCAUUGGCCCCAGCAAACGUCCUUAUCACACAAUUAUUCCAUCGAUGAUCACUCGCAAGACGGAAAAUGGGCAUGAGCUCGAAGCUUGUUUCGGCGUGAUGGGAGCAUUCAUGCAACCGCAAGGCCAAGUUCAAGUGGUUCUGAAUCUUUUGCACCAUUUGCAUAGUCCGCAACAUGCUUUAGAUGUACCUCGCAUUUGCGUCGCUCCGCCAAAGCCCAGUUCACAAGCCGGAGGCGAUGCUUAUACUUUUACGGAUGUAACUCAGUCGGUGGUGUACAUGGAAGAGGGUAUCUCGCAAGAAACCUCUGACAAAUUACAGUCGAUGGGCCAUACUUGUUACUUCGUCUAUGGCCAUAACCGUUCACUAUUUGGUCGAGGACAAAUAAUUCAAGCCAGGAAGGAUCGACGUACUGGAAAGCGAGUGCUUGCUGCUGGCAGUGAUCCCAGAGGCGAUGGCCAUGCUUCCGGCUGGUAA